AUGGCUCCCUCACCUUUGAGAUCAAAAACCACACUAAAGCAUGCUCGUUCUCGCAGCUUUCCCUCUAGAUCUCACCCUAUCGUGUCUCAAUUCGAUGAACACUUGUCUAGAGUAAAAUCAUCUUCAGAGGCUACGUCUUCUUGCCUUUCAUCCUUCACCUGCAGACUAGGUGACCUUGAAAACUUAUUUGAUUACAUGGAAGAUUUGCUUCAAUUACAACACAUUCAACAGGCCAUGCCAUUAGAGAAGUUGGAUGAAUUAUUAGAGGGGUACCUCAAGGUAUUAGACGUUUGUGCCGCCAUCAAAAAUCUCUUGUCGAAUGAAAAGCAAAAUAGACAAGACCUUCUUUCAGCUCUUCGUAGAAGACGGAAUAUGGAUGACAUUUCUAGGUACCUAACCUCUAGAAAGAAGUCCAAGAAGAUGAUGCAAAAGCUUCUUAAAGAUUUGAAAAGUAUAAUGAAGAAAAAUAACUUCGCAUCAAAAAAGCCUGAAACAUCGGCUAUUGUUGGAGAAUUGCAGGAUAUCCAGUUAGUCACUCUAGGACUAUUUAAGGCCUUGUUGUCAUAUGUCAAUGGAACUGGAUCUCAAUCAAGUAGUUCCAUUGACCAACUAGAAGCCAAUGAGUUUGAUAAUGUUGACGCUGCUUUGUGCUCGCUUUUCAGUCACAUUAAGACUAGCUAA